AUGAAUGCAAAUCCUGAUCACAUACCUGGGAAAUUCCCUCAUCUAUCACGUCCGAAUUACAUCGGUGACUUUGGGACGGACUUCAGAGAAAAGAAAGUGCACCCCGGACGCUCUAGAGUACGGUAUUUAUAUGAAAAAUAUGUGAACAAAACGGAUUUGCACUUGGAUCUGAACCGCGGACUCGAUGUUUUUGAUCCAAAGCCGGAUGAAGACGAGCAUCUGGAUGGGUUGCUUAGGUACAUUAUGACGAUAUCAGAACCAAAAGCACAUCUUAAAAAGGUCUUACAUGGCGCUGAUGUAGUCUCCUGGAGGGGAACCUUAACCAGAAUUGGUGCCUCGCCUUUUGACGCGCUCAAUUCAGAUGGAUGGCGGGUUUUAUGUAGUAAAUUCAAUGAUGUUGUUUUCCUCUGCGAGCUAAGUACGUCUCAAAAAUUAUCCAAUAAUGGCAAAAAGACCGCCCGGGAAAAGAGGAUGACAUAUUGGGGUUACAAGUUCGAACAAUACACGACAGUUGAUCAUGAAAAUGUAUGUUAUUGUUUAGUUUAACGCCUCGUCGUUCUAGGAGGUUCCAAAUACCAAUGUUCCUGUAUCCACGAUGAGUAAUUAUAGCGCAGUGUUCAGAUUUGAUAUGGGUAAUCGAAUUGAUAACACAAAGAUCAGAAUAUUUACUGGGGCGGAGAUGGACUGCUUAAACGAAAGUAAAAGAUUUCUUGUGGAAAUAAGCCUUUUUCAGAAGGAGAAUUUAUUGAAUUGAAGACACAGUUCAAUCAGAUUGGAGUCGGACGCUAUUGGUAUCAGAAGGAGAUGAAAUGGUGGCUUCAAUCGUUUCUGGUCGGCAUUGAUACGAUUGUGGCUGGCUUGCGGGAUGACAACGGGAUUAUCAAAGAAAUAAAGGCUGUCAAGGUAAACGAUCUGGCUAGACAUCCCACUGGUUGGGAUCCUGCUGUAUGCCUCAACUUCCUAUUGUCUUUCCUUGUCAAAGUUCGAUCAGAACUCAGAGAGGGACAAGAUCUCAUUGCCGAAUUCGACCCCAGGACUAAGGGUAUCGCCUUUACGCCAACCACAGAACACGAUAAAGAAAACGCGUUUAUUCACGGAUUUAAAGAAAAUUUUCACAUUUAA